CCCAAUUACAACAACAAACAUAACUGGAACAUUACAAUUAACUGCCACUGGUGUAACAGAACCAACUACAACUGGUCUAACUCAAUCAUCUACAACUGCUGCAACACGAUCAACUUCAACUGAAGCAACUCAGUCAACCAUGAUUGGUGCAACGCUAUCAACUAUCAAUGAAGUAACAGAAUCAGCAACAACUGAUGAAGCACAAUCAACUACCGCUAAAGUGAUUGAAUCAACGGCAACUGAUGCAGCAGAAUCAACUACAACUGAAAUACCACAUUCAACUACAAUUGAUGCAACAGCAGCCCCUACCACAGCUGUUGCCCCCAUUACAACAACAACAAAAACAACAAACAUAACUGGAGCGCCACAAUUAACUGCCGCUGCUCUAACAGAAUCAACUUCAACUGGUGUGAUUCAGUCAUCUACAACAGCUGCAACACCAUCAACUUCAACUGAAGCAACACAGUUAUCUUCCACUGAAGUGACGGAAUCAACUACAACUGCUGUAACAGUGUCACCUAUAAGUGGUAAAGCGGAAUCAACUACAGUUAUUGUAAUACAAUCACAUGUAACUGGUACAACAGAAUCAACAUCAACUGAAGCAAUAGAAUCAACUACUACAACUGGAGAAUCCCAAUCAACUAAAUUUGUUGCAACAGCAUCAUCUUCAACUGUAAUUGGUGAAACAUUGUCCCCUACUAUAACUGCUACCCCAAUUACAACAACAAAAACCACAACCAUAAGUGGGGCAAUACAACUAUUUACCACUGGCGUAACAGCAUCAACCACAAUUGGAAUAUCACAUUCAACAACAAAUGAUGCAACACAAUCAACUAAACCUGCUGUGUCGUCUACAACUGGUUCAACAGAAUCAACUACUACAAGGAAAGCAUCCCAAUCAACUACAUUUGGUGCAACAUCAUCAUCUUCAACUGUAAUUGGUGUAACCGUAUCUCCUCACACAACUCUUACCCCAAUUACAGUAACAAACAUAACUGGAACAUCACAAUUAACUGCCAUUGGUGUAACAGAAUCAACUACAAAUGGUCUAACUCAGACAUCUACAACUGCUGCAACACCAUCACCUUCAACUGAAGCAACUCAGUCAACCAUGACUGGUGCAACACUAUCAACUAUCAAUGAAGUGACAGAAUCAACAACAACUGAUGAAGCACAAUCAACUACCGCUAAACUGAUUGAAUCUACGACAACUGAUGCAGCAGAAUCAACUACAACUGAAAUACCACAUUCAACUACAAUUGAUGCAACAGCAGCCCCUCCCACAACAGUUGCCCCCAUUACAACAACAAAAACAACAAACAUAAUUGGAACAUCACAAUUAACUGCCACUGCUGUAUCAGAAUCAACUACAACUGGUGUGACUCAGUCAUCUACAACAGCUGCAACACCAUCAACUUCAACUGAAGCAACACAAGUAUCUACCACUGAAGUGACGGAAUCAACUACAACUGCUGUUACACUGUCACCUACAAGUGAUGAAGUGGAAUCAACUACAGCUAUUGUAAUGCAAUCACAUGUAAUUGGUACAACAGAAUCAACAUCAACUGAAGCAAUAGAAUCAACUACUACAACUGGAGCACCCCAAUCAACUACAUUUGUUGCAACAGCAUCAUCUUCAACUAUAAUUGGUGAAACAACAUCCCCUACCACAACUGCUACACCAACAACAACAAACAUAACUGGAACAUCACAAUUAACUGCCACUGGUGUAACAGAAUCAACUACAACUGGUCUAACUCACUCAUCUACAACUGCUGCAACGCAAUCAACUUCAACUGAAGCAAGGCAGUCAACCAUGGCUGGUGCAACACAAUCAACUACCACUGAAGUGACAGAAUCACAGACAACGGAUGCAACAGAAUCAGCUACAACUGCUGUAAUACAGUCACCUACAGCUGGUGCAUCUACAUCAAACUCAACUAGAGCAGUAGCAUCAACUACUACAACUGGAGCACCACUAUCAACUGCAAUUGGUGCAACAGCAUCCCCUACCACAACUGCUACCCCAAUUGCAACAACAAACAGAACAACCAUAACUGGGGCAACACAACUAAUUACCAACGGUGUAACAGAAUCAACUACAACUGGAAUAUCAUAUUCAACUACGAAUGAUGCAACAGAAUCAACUAUACCUGCUGUGUCACCUACAACUGAUGCAACAAAACCAACUUCAGCUGGAGCAAUAGAAUCAAUUACUACAACUGGAGCACCAAAAUCAACUACAACUGUUAUCCCCAUUACAACGACAAUGACAACGACGACGACAGCAGCAACAACAACACCAACAACAACGACGACGACAACAACAACACCAACAACGACGACGACGACAACGACGACAACAACAACAACACCAACUAGCACUACAACUAGACCACCAUCACGUCCUGCAUUUUUAAUUGCAAUUCGAGUGGUCUUUGUCAUAGAAUUUCAGCAAAGUCUUGCUGACCCACAGAGCUUAGAGUUCCAGCAACAAGCAAGGCCGAUUGAAAAUGCAUGUGGCUCUAUCUAUCGACAACGCUACGGAAGUCUGUUUCUGCGGGCCAUUGUGAUCGCAUUCAGGCUUUCUCCAACUCGAACAGACAAUGUUGAGGCAGAUGUUGACAUUGAAUUCAAUGAAACUUCAACUGAACCCCGUCCUGAAAGCAGCGAUGUUGUUGAAACCUUGGCUCAAGCCAUAAAUGACUCAACUUCAGACUUUAAUCUGACUGUGGUUCCUGAUUCCAUAUCUGUGACAAGUGCACCCCGCUCAAGAGCUAUUCCCCAGUUCCGAACCAAUGACAGGUUUAUUGCUGAUCUUUCGGUAUCUACUUCCAACGCCUUCCACACCAGAGCUUCACUCAUCAAAAAAGAGCUUGAGCCGUUUUUUGUUGAAGACUUUCAACCAGAUUUCAUAAGCUUGUCACCAACAAGCUUCAGUAACGGAUCAAUUAUCCAUAUGGCGGACAUUUUAGUAACCAGCAACUCCACAAUCCCCAAUGACAUACAGAUUAUUUCUACGUUGACCAGAGCUGCAGAGAGUGGGAAUUUAACAUUUACCAUCAUCUCCAUCAAUGGCACAGUGGUGUCAGCAGGUGAACUCAGUCACAAGAUUAACCUCUUGAGUGCCCUUGGGCUUACCUUCAUAUCGCUCUAUGUGGCUCUGCCCUGGUGAGCUUUGAGAUCUCUCACCUGACCUUGCUGGUGCAGACUUUUAUUGUGAAGAGAAAUCUUUGACCAUCGUAUUGUUGGAGGAGUUCUGCAUGACUGACUGACAUCAAUAUUCCUACUUUCUUCAUUCAGAAGACUGGAUAUGAAUCCUACCUUCCUGCAAAAAUCACAUCAAAAAAGCGUCACCUGAUUUUCUUUGCUUCCUUGUUAUAAAGAUAUUGUAAGGUUUUUGCUUUAAAGUCUUGUUUUUGUUUCAUUUUCAAAAGGAUUUUGCAUUGUAUUAGGGAGAGGCAGGCAUAGAAGCACAUCACAUGUCUUCUUUUUAGAAAAGCUUUUAACUAAAAUACUUUUAUCUGUUUUUAUAUGCUGAUUUUAGGUUAAUUUUAUAUGCUAGUUUUAAAUUCCUCUAUGGUGUUACUUUUAUCCUUUUUGUGUGUGUGUGUGUGUG